CUAGCGGUCGCCAUCUACGUUGUGGAACAAACCCCACUUGACGUGCCUCUACACAUAAUAUGCACAACUAGCCUACUGGCCGAAACAAUCAUGGAUAAAUUGCCGGAAUGGGAGGACCGAGGCUGGGUAGACGUCGCCCUAGAAGAACAUAUGAGAACGAUACUGAACAAACUGCGGCAGCGAUGCGCGCCCACUACAUUCGGACGCGCGAAUAAACCCAAUGACCUGAAGACAUUGGAAACUGCUCGACAACAAGCAUCCAGUCCUGAACACCUCGAUUUCACUAGGAAAGAACACGCACCUCUAACCCGUGAUGCCCGUUUUGAAGUCACCGGCGCCCGCCUUGUGACACUCACACAAGCCAUCGCAUACAGAGGCAUCCUCAAACAUAAGGACACCCCUAUGCGGAAAAUGACCGAGCGUAACUUGACCGCCAUCCGCCAAGCUAACAUAACGACCGGUCCGGUGGGACAUGCGUCGAUCUGGCUAACCAGCCGACACAAGGACUUCAGCAGACCCUUCGCCGUCUUCCUGUGGAAGAGCAUCCAUGGCGGCCUGAAAUGCGGUGAAUUCUGGCUGAAAAUUCCGAAUUAUGAGGACAGAGCCCAAUGCAGCUUCUGCGGGGCCCUCGAAUCGAUCUCACAUAUCCUCUUCGAGUGCCGAGCCACAGGUCAGAAAGUGAUAUGGGGGAUAGCUGCCUCGAUAUGGAAAAAGAAAAACUUGCCGUGGAAUACUCCAACGAUGGAGUCGAUCCACGGCCUCGGACUUGCGAAAUGGACUGACAGCAAAAACAAAAUAAGGCCUGGAGCAACUCGACUCUGGAGAAUCCUCAUCUCUGAAGCAGCCCACCUAAUAUGGAAACUCCGUUGCGAAAGGGUAAUCGGUCACGAGACCGACGAAAAUUGGAACCACGUGGAAUCCCAUGUACGACGUAAAUUCAUAUUCACUCUGAACGGUAGACUUGCAACGGAUGCAGAGGCCACAAGGCGUAAAUACGGAAAACUAGCUUUCAACCGCGAUCUGAUCACCGCCACUUGGAACGGCACAAUCUUCGACGAACUCGCGCUCCCCGAAGACUGGACCCAGUGCAGAGGCUUUUUAGUGGGUAGUUCACCAACUCUCCGUCUCUUCCUAGACCCCGGGUGA